UUGUCCUUAAUCCCACCAAACCUUAGUCCUUUGGUUUUCCCCUUCCACAAAUAUCACUUUGUCUUCUUUCCUCCCCGCUCCACAUAACAAAAAUCCGUGGCCGUUUUGCUUAUAAGCCGCUGUUUCAUUUUGCAAAAAUGUCUUAAGAACAAAUAGAUGUUAUGUACAAAAAAACAGAUCAAUAAAAAUUAGUCGUAAUUAACGGAAAAGAGCGUUUUUCAGAAUUAUUAAGAUGCGUUGCGGUUACGGAUUAGCGGCGAUUCCGGGAACCGACGCCCGCUUCUUCACCCCCGACACUUCCUUCAUCCGGUUACGAAGACCUGUCGACCCCACCCGGGUCCAAUUCGGGUCGUUGAAAAUCAAGGCGAGGAUCAAUGAAGCGAGGAAGGAGGUGAGUUUCUAUGAGUUGCUGGGGAUACCCGAGACGGGUACUUUACCGGAGAUAAAGCAGGCGUAUAAGCAGCUGGCGAGGAAGUACCACCCGGACGUGUCGCCGCCGGGUCGGGUGGAGGAGUACACCCAGCGGUUUAUACGAGUCCAGGAGGCUUAUGAGACUUUGUCGGAUUCGAGGAGGAGGGCGUCGUAUGAUCGCGACUUGGCUUUGGGGAUUCAUCUUGCUUUCUCUGCUAGACGACGUUACCAAUACGAUGAGUUUGGUUUACAUGAGGGAAAGGUUGUUCUUAUCAAAAUAAUAAUAAAAGAAGAAGAAAAAAAGAACUGCACUAUAUGGUAAGCUUCAAGGAUAUGAAAGACUAGACAGUAUUUCAUCUUCUUUGAUUUGUUAUGGUCUUUAGUCUUUUCAUGUUAUGCUGUCGGUUAAAGUUGAAUACAUAUUGAUUAAUAUCUUGUAUGAUGUCUGGGCUUGUAGGGAAUAAGCAAUUAACUCUUCUCCUUUAGCUUUUUGGCAUUGAUAGGUAGAACUUUUAAUCUGGAAUUUCCAUAUGCCUUUUAAUUUGGUGAAACUGGCUGUUGAUAUGCUUCUUUCUUUUGCAAGGAUAACAGUGUCCAACUAGUCAUCCUUCUUAGUUUUGGUAUUUUAUUUUCUUCACUGUUUCUCAAUUCAUCAUGUUCAAACAUGUCAUUCACUUAGAUAGAACUUCUUAGCAGUCCAUGAUAACCAACCCCUUGUAGGCUUUAAGUCUUGGGUUCAAACCUGGGCACCUCUCGUAUCCAUCAAAUUGCCUAUGGUUGUUUAUUAGUGUAAAAAAAGAACUUGUUUAUUGCUUUCCUUUGCAAAUAGGAUUUGGCUGUUUUUUAUUUAGUAAUGAUGAUAUCAAAAUCAUUCGAUUUUGUCCGAUCCCUUAAUUGUUUUGCACCCUAAUAUUUGACUGAUCUUUAGAGUUGGAGCAAUUUUAGCUUUUAUUAUGAUAUUUCUUCUAGUUUUGGGUUGUUUUCUUUUUUUUCAUGAAAGUUGCAUGUCGCUUUAGUUUUUUUGCCUCUAAAGGUUCGACCUAAAAGGAUAAUUGUUUGUUUUGGGGCUGUCAAAUACGUAUAUUUUGUUUACACAUUCAUACUUUUGUUUAAUGUUUACCAAUGUGUCGAGAGAAACAGUUUCGUUUACCUUAAAUUCAUGCAUUCCAUUUGC